UACACUUGCAAAUUGCAAAACAAAAAGUGUUUGGUUUUUUGUUUGUUCACCUUGACACAAGUAAAAAAGUUGGUAUUCAUGUGAUGUGACGGUACUGUUACCUCUAUAUAUAUUCCAAUUAAAGUACCAUCAAAUAUAUUAGUAAUAAAAUUCUGCAGGUUCGUAAUAAAUCCCCCAACCAAUACCAGAGAACCAGACACAAACACCACAACAUAUUCAACGCGAAUCAUUUCUUUUUCUAGAAACUUCAACUUUUUAGUUUUGUUUUGUAAUGACAGGUUGCUUCAGCUUCUGUGACGCAAUAGAACGGGCUUUCAAAUACGGUUUCAAAAGAUCCGGAUUACAACCCGUAACCAUCGAUUUGAAAGACGGAACCGUAGUCCACUUUUGGGUAUCCAAGACCCGACCCGAAACAAAACCCAACCUCCUCCUCAUCCACGGCCUUGGAGCUAGUGCCAUCUGGCAAUGGUACGACGUCGCUCGACGUCUCUCUCCUCACUUCAACCUCUUCAUCCCCGACCUCGUUUUCUUCGGCCAAUCCUCCUCGACCAGACCCGAAAGAUCCGACGUUUUCCAGGCCCAGACGCUCAUGCGGGCCUUAGAGGCCCAAUCAGUGAAACGAUUCAGCCUCGUCGGUCUCAGCUACGGCGGGUUCGUGGGUUACCGAAUGGCGUCGAUGUACGGAGACGCCGUUGAGCGGGUGGUCAUUUGUUGCGCCGCCGUGUGCGUGGAGGAGAAGGAUAUGAGAGACGGCGUUUUCACGGUGUCGGAUCUUGAUGAAGCUUCGAAGAUUCUGGUACCGGAAUCUGUGAAGAGGCUCCGGGAACUUAUGGGUUACAUCUUCUACAAGCCGGCGCUGCCGAGAAUGGUUCCUCCUUGUCUGCUCCGUGAUUUCAUCGACCAUGUUAACUCAAGCAUGGCUUUAAGAGAAAUCAUGUCCGUACUUAAAAAUCUUUCCUUGGAGCCAGAAGAGAAAAUCAAAAGCGUGCAGAAGAUCGAACAUGAGAUCAGAGAGUCAUGCUCGUCGCUCGUUGCCGAAGUAGAAUCCAAAAAGCCCCAUAAAUCCACUCAGAAGCCAAAAGGACGCAGCACGAGAUCCUGUGGUCACUGGUACGUUCGUCACAGAGCCUGCGUCGUCUGCAAAUCCAAGGUGGACAAACGUGAAGGCAGAGCAUUCGAUUAUCUCGUCCAAGGUUUACAGUUAAGCCACGAAGCUGUGGCGUUGACCAAGCGCUUCACGACACGGUCCUCUUGUCUCAAAGAGAGGAAGCUCCACCUUGUCCUUGACUUGGACCACACGCUUCUCCACUGCACUCAAGUCUCGCGUCUCUCCAAAGCAGAGAAGUACCUACUCAGAGAAUCAAGGGAGGAUCUAAGGAAGAUGGAAGUCGGAGAAGAUUCCACCGAAUACUUGACAAAGCUAAGGCCUUUUGUUCACGACUUCUUGAUGGAAGCCAACGAGAUGUUCACGAUGUAUGCUUACACGAUGGGAUCUCGCGAUUACGCUAAAGCCCUUUUGGAGCUGAUUGAUCCGGAGGGAGACUACUUUGAGGACAGAGUGAUAACAGCAGACGAUAGUCCAUUUGUGAAGACGCUUGAUUUGGUUUUGGCUGAGGAGCGUGGUGUGGUGAUUGUGGAUGACACGCGAAGUGUUUGGACUCAUCACAAGAGUAACCUUGUGGAGAUUAGCAAGUACAACUAUUUCAGAGACGAUGGCCAACAGGAUUCAAAGCCUUACUCAGAGGAGAAGAUAGACGAGAGUGAAGACGACGGUGCAUUGGCCAAUGUUUUGAAAUUACUCAAGGAACUUCACUCUGGAUUCUUCAGAGUCAAGAAAGAUCAGUUAGAGUCGCAGGACGUGAGGUUGCUGCUACAGAAAAUUGACUCCAAGCUUCUCAAAUAA